GGUGGCAAUAACACGGCCACGAAUUCCAGCUCGCCCGAUUCGGCGCAUGGCGCCGGCGAUCUAUCCGCUGGCGUGCAUCACGCCGGCGAUUGCCCCGGAGCUGGAAACAAGGGUGUGAUUUUUUCACCCAAGUUAUAUAGUUUUCACCUUGGGCUAGUGUCUAUUACCCCCCAUGUCUAAAAGCAGACACUAUUUGCUGGAUGCUCCACGUCGCCGAGUAUGGCUGACGACUCCUGCGACGAUGACCAGCCUCGGGCACAGAAGGGAGGAGAGGGGAAAUCCAACAGGUUCUUUUCCGCGGUUUCGAAGCUCUUGAAGUUCAUCCUCGCCCAGUGGCUUGUUAUUGGGUUUGGUCUGAGCUGCCUGCUGGCGUAUUUUUUCCCCAAUGUGGCGGCACAUGGCGGCAUCAUCAAGUCCGAAUACACCAUCCUAUACGGCGCAGUGGCGUUCAUCUUCCUCGUCAGCGGGUUGCAGCUGUCGCAUGAGAAGCUGUUGACGAACCUGGCGAAUUGGAGGCUGCACAUCAUCGUCCAAGGAGUCAGCUUCAUCCUCAUACCCGUGAUACAGUUAGUUAUCAUCCGAAUCAUCAUCGCAGCCGGCGACCUCCAUUCAGGGGCCAUAGAUGUCAGCAUCCUAGUGGGUAUGGUCGUGGUGAGCUGCCUGCCCACGACCAUCGCCUCCAACGUGGUCAUGACCCGGGCGGCGGGCGGCGACGACGCGGCGGCCAUCAUCGAGGUGGUCGUCGGCAACACGCUGGGCUCCUUCAUCUCGCCGGGCCUGAUCUACGCGUUCCUGCCGCCGCAGCCCGUGUUCGACGCCUGGAGGCCCGCGUCCCCGAGCACGCUCAACCAGAUGUACGCCCACGUCGCCAUGCAGCUGGGCCUCAGCGUCGUGCUGCCCCUGGCCGCGGGCCAGGCGAUCCGGUGGUUCUGGACCGAGCAGGUCAUGUGGGCGAUCGAGAAGCUCUACAUUGCCAAGGUGGCGGCCUUCUUCCUGAUCACGCUUGUGUGGACGACGUUCUCGGGGGCCUUCAAAACGGGGGCCUUGUUUCUCCUGCCGUCGGGAUCGGUCAUCUUUAAUGUGUUUAUCAACGUCGCCACCUACAUGAUCUUCACGGUCGCCUGCUUCUCCAUCGCCAGGCCACCGCCCAAGGUCAUGGAGGUGGUUAAUCGCAACGUGGCGGACUCGCGACUCGGGAGGCGUCUUCCGGCAAUCUUACGGAGGAUGGUCACGGUCAAGCAAAUGAGCAAGGAGCAGACAGUAGCUAUCUGUUUCUGCGGUGCUGCGAAGACGACCAGCCUGGGGAUCCCGCUCGUGUCGGCCAUGUGGAAACAGGCGGAUGACCUUACCAGGGCAUAUGUUCAGAUUCCGGUGCUGCUGUAUACCAUAGAGCAGGUGUUCCUGGCGCAGAUGUUGGUGUAUUUCUUCAAGUGGUAUCUUAGGAGGGAUGAGAAGGCUGCUGGUGCCGACGAAGAAACCACUGCUAGAAGCAGCACCACCGCCCCAGGAAGCGAGCCACAUAUUUCCAAGGAGGAGGGAGAGGGAAUCGGGAACUUUAGAGAAUCGGCGACUGAGAUAGACGGGGGACAAAACCAGAAGCUUCAUGCUUGACGUAGAACUAUAUCAGCCAUGUUUAGACUCUCAUCUUCC